UGGAAUAUUGUUCGGUAUUUCUAACACUGUUGCAACAACACCAGGGAUGUUAGCACCUCUCCUUGCCGGCAUCCUAACACCGAAUAAAACUCAGGAAGAAUGGCGGAACGUGUUCUACGUCUGUGGGGGAUUCUGUAUCCUUGGAACUCUGGUGUUUGGCACCCAGGCCCGGGGGGAGCUGCAGCCCUGGGCCGUGGAACAGGCGACGGUGGACGUGGGGGAGGGGCAGGAUGUACCUGGGGGGUUGACCAAUGAUGCUGUUGUCAACGGAGGCCUGAACAGAACAAUACAUUCAUGUCAACCCAUCUAUACAUGAUGGUCCAAUCAGCUCUGGUUUGGACAUAACAGGAUAUUCCAGGACAUUCUUCAUCCACAGUUAGACCCUUUCUACAACAUUAAUCAAUAAUAGCUCAUCGGAAAUGUUUUGAGAUGUAACCUAAUUUUGUUUCAACAGUUUUUAUUCCAUUUCAACAGAAUAUAGAUAAUAUAUUAAGGAAGGACAUAACAGUAUGUAAUAUUAAUUGAAUUGUACAUGGGGGGAUGCAUCAUUCUUUAACAGUGGAUGCGUGGGUAAAACAAAUGUACAAUGUAUAACAUUCAAAAUUGAAAUUACAUUAUAUUUGAUUAGUGCCUCAAUCGAUCAAUGGAGUCAGGUACCUGACUUGAAGACAUAAAAACAAUCAAAUUUGGAUUAUUGAGUGUUAUUGUUAUAAGCAAUAUAUUUUUUCUGUUUUACUAAUGUCGGUGACAACCUUUAAAAAUGUCUCAAAGGAUAACUUUUGCUGCUU